AUGGUAAGUGGAAUUACAUUAAAUCAAGUUGAUCAAGCAAUCAGCUUAAUACAGUCAAGGUCUUUUCCAAUAAAAAAGGACCAGAACAGCAGCACAACUCUCAUGAGCCGGUUCAAAACGAUUGUUUCGUUCUGCAUUGUGUUCUUUCUCAAUAUAGUAGCUUUUUCGUAUUUGGCAACGCUGUUUUUCAACAACAUGCCCAUUGUGAGCAGCGUGUUAAAAGAGUUCAAUUUCCCUGCACUGGCAAGCGCACUGGCAGAAAACAAGCUGUUUCUCACCUUCGUAAUGUGCAUGGGUGCUCUGCAGUCUGUUACUUGGUGCUUUGUCCGGGCUUUGCAGUACCUAUAUCCCAAAAGAGUAAUAUUUGCCAAACAAAUCUCUCGGCUGGUCACAACAAGCACGCUUCUGGGAGCCUGCGGCGUUAUAAGCAUGCUGGCUUUCAACAUGUUUGCAAAAGAGAUCUCGAUAGAAAUACAGGUCCUGCUGAGCGGAGUGGUGUGCAUACUGCUUUCGCCCUUUGGGUAUAUGAUAAGCAACACAAUAACAGACUACUAUGUUCCAGCCUCAGAAAAUAUCCCAGAUUUUGACAAGGCAGUCCAGACAUACAGAACAGAUGAUGGCAAAACUGUUUUCGAAGACGUGUACAUCCUAGAGCAGAAAAAAUACAGAGAUGCAAAUCCAGAGGAAGAUCUGAAAAGCACUGAUCAGAGGCUGGAGACUUUCAGAACUGCCAUGGGAAUGAAACAAGACGGCGAAAAAAGCAUAAAGACCAUCCUUCCCCUGGUUUUCUCUCUGUGGGCCAUGCUGAUCACCCUGCCACUAAGCUCGCUGGUCUUUUUACUCAACGCCCAAACUCUGGAAUGGUUCUGCAGGUCUAUGCUGAUUGUAUACAAAUAUGCAAACAAGUCCCCGUAUUUAUCAUACACCUCCAUAACUAUAGCUCUAAUGACCGUCCUACAGUCGUACGGCACAGUGCUGCACAUACUAUCAUUCUUCAUGGGGUCUCUAGUUGGAGAGUCUCGGUGCGGGCACUCUUUCAUAAAUGCUGUUGUAAACAGUGUUAAAAAAACAGCGCUAGAGUCGAUCGAAAUCAUUGCCAAUGUGUUCUGCGAAACCAUACGGUGCACAUUUGUUUUUUCUAUGUCGCUGCUUAUAGAGCUGCCGAUUAACAUCAUGCGAGCUCUGCUGAACAGGAGCCUGUAUCUAAUCGAAUAUCCGAUCUUCCGCAUGGUCAAUGCAACUGGCUUCAUGAUAUUCGGGUGCCUCAGAAGCUUCAAAAAGAGCUUUAUGUACUUUAGGCUGGGGAUGUAUCCGCUAGAAUACCUCAGAGUCGGAGACCGCGAGAAGUUCUUUUCGAACGCAAGCGACCUUGGAGAAACGCUUUAUACAAACCUAAGCAUCUUCAUGCUGCUCGCUCUGGUCAUCAUAGGGAUCAUCGUGUUUACAACUCUGUACCAGACCUCUUUCGUGAAAAUGGGCUAUGGAGAAAGCCAGAUAAUGGUUCUGUCUAGGCGCAUGUCUCUAAGGUCAGCCUGCUUUGUGACAUACAUUGGCUCCCUGCUGUUUAUACUCUUUAUCCCAGGCACUUUUAUUCUGUUUACAGCAAGAUCUCGCUUUAUACUGGAUUUAGCACUAUAUGAUAUAAAUAACUACAUGCCGUGCGGCGGUUAA